CAAGGAAUGCAUCCUGGGACGCAGAAGGUCCCAUUCCGCGGGAUGGGAGGACGCGGGAUGUUGCGGAUCCAAAACAGGGCCCUAUAGCACAGGUUAGGAACAAACAAAACAGGCUUGAUCGACUCCACGUUGGACAAGCCCCUGCCAGAGGUGCCCCGCGUGGACCGCGGCCGGUUCAAACCCGUCAAGGCGACGCUCAUUUUGACGCCGUCCAACCUGCUAGAUCAGUGGAUCAACGAGAUCGGUAAGUUCGUUCAUGACGGUAACGCUAUGCGCUUGGUCGGGGGCUGGGGGCCGAAGGAGUGCCCCCUGAAGGUCUUCGCUCUCAAGUCCGUCACGCCACUGAAGGGCGCAACGGUGAGGCAGAUUGCGGAGGCGGACAUCGUCAUUUGUUCCUACAGGCUUCUCUAUUCCAACGUGUACCAGGCCAGGCGUGAUGCGAUCCUUGGGGAGAGGAAGACCUCUCUGCACGACCUGGCGAUGGCCACCGAGCGUGCCAUGCAGUCACGGCCGAGCGGGAACCACGGUGGGGAGUGUAAGCGCCUGCGGCAGCCUGCGAAGCAGGCGCCAGGUCAACCUGCUCAAGUCCCAGAGGCAGCCGAGUGCGCCAACAUAGACGACUUGAUGUUCCCGCUCCUCGAGCAGUUCUACUGGCGGCGUGUGGUGUUCGACGAGUUUCACGAGCUGGAGAGCUUCCAGAGCGCUCAGCAGGUCUCCCUCCAGCACAUGCGGGCCCACUACCGCUGGGGCCUCACGGGCACGCCUCCAGUUGGCUCCAACGCGGGGGUCAUUUUCAUGUCCUCUUUAUUUCGAAUUGACCUUCCUGGAAACUUGGCAGGCCCUGACAUCAGCAACUGGGAGAACGACAAGGUGCUAACGCAGAUGUCGCUCCGUUUCCUGGACCGCUACGCGCGCCAGAACGCGGCGGAACUCCCGGAGAUCCCGCUGGAGGAGGAGAUCGUGCGGGUGAGCCACACCGCCGCGGAGCGCGCCCUGUACCUGGGGCAGGCGCACGAUGCGCCCGACCUGUCGUCGGGGGAGGCCUUCAGCACGCCCGAGCGCGUCCAGGCGCUGCAGCAGCUCUUGAAGCUCUGCAGCCACUUCCGGGCGGGCGGCGGCGAGAGCGCCGAGAGCGCCGCAGACGAGUGCCGGCGCAUCGGCGCGCAGAAGGAGCGCCGCUCCGCCAGGGCCGCGCAGGCGCUGGAGCGCUGCUGUCUGGUGCUGCUGCUGCUCGAGGGCAAGCUGCGGAGGCUUGUAGCGGCGGAGAACGCCGCGCUGCAGAGGCAACUGCAGGACUUCAAGCGUCUGCUGACUAGACCGACCUGGGCCUCGCCGCAGGCUCCAGAGGAGGUGUCCGAGGCGGUGUCCGAGGCGGUGUCCGCCGCCGUGGCGCUGGAGCUCGGCGCCCCCGAGGAGGCGGCCCAGAUCGCGGCGGAUGCCCUGGGGUCCGCCCGCGGCGCUCAGGUCGACGCCCUCGCCCAGGUCGUGGGCCAGAUGCUCGCGGGGGCGGGCAGCGCCAAGCCGCCUGACGGCGGGCCGGGGGACCUCGCGGCCCACCUCGCGGAGCGGCUCCCCGACGCGGUGCGGCUGGCCUGCGGCCACGCGGACGAGGCGCUUCGGGCUCGGCUGCGUGAGCGCGUGGUGUCCUGGCGAGGCGCCGGGCUGCUGCCGCCGAGGGCGCUGCUGGGCGUGGAGCUGGCCGCGGAGGUGCCGCCGGAGGAGGGCGCCAAGGCCGGGCGGGGGC